GAAGAGAGAGAGAGUGCUGUACCUCGUCGGCGAAAUUUACCAUUCUGGCGAAAUCGCAAGCUCGCUCCUUUUCGCUUUCCGCUUUGCUCUCUCUCUCUCUCUCUCUCUCUCUUCCUCUGUCUUUCUCUCUCGGUCCCCUCUUCGAAUCCCUUUAUAACCUGGCGCUCCCGAUUCUCCCGUCUCCCGUUUCUCUCUCUAUAUCUCUCUCUCUCUCUCUAGCUUCCUGUGUCGCUUGCUUCCGGGCGUUCCUCGGCUGCUGCUGCUGCUGCUGCCGGCCCUUCCCUCCGUCGAAUCGUGGGCAGGAUUCGGUUCCCGGCGAUCGCGCGUUCGUUUCGCGGGACACCCCCGAACAGUGGAAACUUUGUUAUGAGAGAAAGUAGAAGCAUCUGUGGUCUAUGAAGUCGAUCAAAUCAUGGAGACUUCUCAUGAGGAAAAAGAAUGCAUCGUUUGAUGGGGGACUAUGCGGGUUCAAGAUGAAACAACUACCAUUUAUGGGGAUCAUCUGUGUAGUGAUGUUGUUUAUUGUAUAUAGAACGACAAAAUAUCAAUACCGUCAGACGGAGAUGGAAAUUAAUUUACACCCUUUUGACACACUAAAGGAAUCUCAGGGUCUUUCCCGGAGACUAGGAAGUCUUCCCCGUGGCAUCAUACAAGCAAGAUCAGAUUUGGAGUUGAGACCAUUAUGGUCAACAAGUAGUUCGAGGUCAAAGGUUGAUGUCUCUAGCAAUGAGGUAGAUGCUCCCAGGUACCGUUACUUACUGGCAAUUGCUGUUGGGAUCAAGCAAAAGUAUAAUGUCAAUGCUAUUGUCCAAAAGUUUCGUCCAGACAAUUUCACAGUUAUGCUAUUCCACUAUGACGGCAAAGUUGAUGCUUGGGGAGAUCUUAACUGGAGUAACAAUGCCAUUCAUAUAGUUGCUCGAAACCAAACCAAAUGGUGGUUUGCAAAGCGUUUUCUACAUCCCAGCAUUGUGUCAGCAUAUGAUUACAUAUUUCUCUGGGAUGAAGAUUUAGGUGUGGAUAACUUCCAUCCAGGGAGAUACCUGAAAAUAGUAAAAUCAGAAGGCUUGGAGAUAUCUCAGCCUGCUUUACAUCCAAACUCGACAGAUAUACAUCACAGGAUAACCAUUCGUUCGAGAACAAAGAAAUUUCAUAGGAGGGUAUAUGAUGUGAGAGGCAGCACGAAGUGCACAAAUGUCAGUUGGGGGCCGCCCUGCACUGGAUUUGUAGAGGGAAUGGCUCCUGUUUUUUCAAGAUCUGCUUGGUUUUGUACUUGGCAUCUUUUGCAGAAUGAUCUAAUCCAUGGAUGGGGAAUGGAUAUGAAACUUGGGUACUGUGCACAGGGAGACCGUACGAAGAAGGUAGGAGUUAUUGAUAGCGAGUAUAUAUUUCAUAAGGGUAUACAAACUUUAGGUGGAGGUGGUCCACCCGGGAAAAAGGGUUCAAAUUCUGAAGAGUUGACAAAGAGACACAGCGCUCCAUCGGUGGACAUGCGAGCAGAGAUCCGGAGACAAUCGACAUGGGAGCUUCAAGUCUUCAAAGAACGGUGGAAUAAAGCCGUGAAGAUGGACAAGAAUUGGAUAGACCCGUUUCCUAAAGACAUGUUUAUAAGAGAUGAAAAGCGUAGAAAGCGUAGUAGGCGGCAUCGCCAAUGAGUGCCAAAACCCAAUGGCCCCAGGGAACAGCUCGGUAAUGUUAGGUUCAUCUUGGCCACUCGCCAUCCACACUCAAAUCAAUUCUGCUCUCAUUUAUACCUGUAACAUCUUCUUUAGCUCUUUUAGCAUGCCAUUCGAUGUCGGCAAUUAAAUUCAUUGUUUCUCAACUUGCUCGGUUGUGGUCCUUGGCCAUGUAAAAAUUUUGCCCUUCACAUCCUUCUCAAGCCCCAGCAUAAUCCCCCAGGUGUAAGAACAUUCCGAAUACAUUGGCUAUACCAUAUGAUCGAUCAUACAAGCACUUAAGAGUUUUGAUUAGAGAGCACUCUUGUUCUGCACGAUCAGAUAUCAAAUGGCUAUACAGAAUGCCACCCCUUUACAUUGGUU